AAAUACAAGUUAAUUAAGACAGUAAUAGCUAAUGUCAUAGAAGUAAUUAUUUCAAAGACAGAUAAUAAUGGAACGCAAUUAACUGUCUCAUAAGAUCGUGUGGACGACUACGUCUUAGGCGUCGUUUGAGUAUGGCGACUUAUGUGUAUUAUAGUAAGUGCAGUAGAUUGAAAUGAAGUGAACUGGAUGAUUUUAGUUGAGAUUUGAGACUAGUCAACUAUGAGCACUUUUAGAAGAUAAACUUAUCCUUAAAUUUUGUGAUGAUGAUUUUUGUUUUUCUGCCUUUCGGUGGUCUUUGUGUAAACAUUCAUUUCGUAUGAACCAUGGGUGCAUUUGCUACAUUUCUAAAUACCGAUCAAGGUGGGAAGAAAACCAAAGGCAGCAGAGUCAAUAAUUAAAAAAGAGAUUUUUAAUAUACAAGAAUGAGAUCAUUCACAAAAAUAGUCAAAGUUCCAUCGCCUGGAUCAAUCAAGAUGACUCCCACCGAGAUGGCUUUCUGGAGAGCAGUUCUAUCAUUUGUGACAUAUAUGACACCAAUUAAUAAGUGUUUGAACAGAAAACCAGUGCGUUUAUCUUUAGCGUUUCCUAAACCAACCACAAGUGGUGCGUCGGAGGAAAAGGAACAACAGGGCAAGAAGUUCAGACAAUACGCAGCCGCGUUGUCCGCCACGAUCGGUCCGUUUGCUGUGGGCACUGUGCUGGCGUGGAUGUCACCGGCGUUGCCCAUGCUGUUGUCAGCGGACUCAAAGAUCAAAAUGACGGCUGAUCAGGGGUCGUGGGUGGGUUCCUUGAUCGCCAUCGGUGCAAUCUUCGGGUCAAUACCAGCGGGCAGGACCGCUGACUUAAUAGGCCGAAAACCAGUCAUCGCCUUCCUGUCCCUGCCUUUCAUCAUCAGCUGGUCAAUGAUUUACUUCGCGACAGAGGUCUGGCAUCUAUACGUGGCGCGUCUGAUUGCCGGCACCUGCCUCGGAGGCAUCACUGCAACCGUCCCUAUGUACAUCGGUGAGAUAGCCGAGAAGUCCAUCAGAGGUGAGCUGACCUCUUUCGUUCAGGUAAACGUGACGCUGGGCAUAUUGUACGUUUACUUGAUCGGUCCGUUCGUGAAUUACGCGGGACUGGCUAUCAUGUGCGGAAUAUUACCAGCUAUCUGGUUCGUCCUGGUACUGUUGGUGGUGCCAGAAUCUCCAACGUAUCUUUGGCGAUCCGGUAAGAGGAAGGAAGCAGAAGAUGUGUUGAUUAUCUUGCGUGGCAAAGACUACGACACUUCCGACGAGCUGGCGGCGCUGCAGAAGGACCUCGAGGAGAAGAAGCCCAACAGCAAGUUUUCGGAAAUGAUAAAAUCCAAGCCCACGUUACGCGCGGCAUUCACAGUUUUGGGACUGCUUGGGUUUCUGUCAUGUUCCGGUAUCAACGUGGUAAUAUUCUACGCCGAGUCCAUAUUCGAGGGCAGCAACAGCAUGAUUUCCCCGAAAGCCUGCUCCAUUGUCAUCGGGGUCCUUCAAGUCAUAUUCACUUUCGCGUCCUCGCAGCUGGUGGACAGGGCUGGCCGGCGGGUGUUGUUGCUGAUCUCCGAUUCGGUGAUGGCCAUGUGCCUCGGUUCCCUGGCCUUCUACUUCUAUCAACAGGAGCGCGGCGUCGACGUGUCUGCGUUCGGUCUGGUGCCGCUCAUCAGCUUGGGAAUUUAUAUCAGCACCUUCGCGCUCGGUUUCGGCCCAAUACCGGGGGUCAUGAUUGGGGAGCUGUUCAGCCCGGAAUUCAAGGGACUGGCGAUCGGCAUUGUGUGCGUGCUCGCGUCGUUGAUUGAGUUCUCUGUCGUCAAGUCUUAUCAGACCCUGUUGAAUCACUACAACCGCGGUGUCACGUUCGGAUUAUUCGCUUGCUGUUGCGUGGUGGGCACCUGUUUCGUGUUCUUCCUGGUGCCGGAGACAAAGAACAAGUCUCUACAGGAAAUCCAGGAGGAGCUCGCUGGUAAAAAGAGGUCGGCCAACCAGACGCAUUUUGUCAGCGUUUAG